AUGUCGGGGGCUGCGCCGAGGACGGUGAUCUGCCUGCUGUGCAACAACCUGCGCUACCACGACAGCGAGGUACUACGCUGGGCUCAGAAUAACGCAGACUAUGUCAUUCCUCUCUACUGCUUUGAUCCAAGACAGUACCUAAGAACCUAUUACUAUGGUUUCCCAAAGACUGGGCCUUAUCGACUCAGAUUUUUACUGGAAAGCGUGAAGGAUCUAAGGCAAACACUCAAGGAAAAAGGAAGUAAUUUAGUGGUAAGCAAAGGGAAUCCAGAAGAUGUGGUUCAUGAUCUUAUUACACAGCUGGGCACCAUGUCUGCUGUGGCUUUCCAUGAAGAGAUAAAGGAAAGGUUUGGCCCGUUGACGAAAGAGGAGCUGGACAUGGAGAAGGCACUGCAGCGGGUGUGCACUCAGCACGGGGUGAAGAUCCAAACCUUCUGGGCAUCCACCCUCUAUCACCAGGAUGACCUGCCAUUCAGACACAUUUCCAGGUUGCCUGAUGUCUAUACCCAGUUCUGAAAAGCAGUGGAGGCUCAGGCCAAAGUCUGUCCCACUGUGCAGAUGCCAGAUCAACUAAAGCCUCUGGCCCCAGGGGUAGAAGACGGAUGCAUCCCCCUGCCUGAGGAGUUUGGACAGAAGGAUCCCCUGACUGAUCCGCAAACAGCCUUCCCCUGCAGCAAAGGAGAGACCGAAGACUUAAUGAGGCUGCAGCAUUAUUUCUGGGAUAUGAACCUGGUGGCAUCUUACAAGGAGACUAGAAAUGGACUGAUAGGAAUAGAUUAUUCAACCAAGUUUGCACCGUGGUUGGCGUUAGGCUGUAUUUCACCCCGAUAUAUUUAUGAACAAAUCCGGAAGUAUGAAAAAGAGAGAACUGCAAAUCAGAGCACCCACUGGGUCAUAUUCGAACUCCUUUGGAGGGAUUACUUCCGAUUUGUGGCCCUGAAGUACGGGACAAGGAUUUUCUUGUUGAAAGGACUGCAGGGUAAAGAGGUGCCUUGGAAGAAAGAUCCCAAGCUAUUAGAUGCUUGGAAAGAAGGAAGAACGGGGGUUCCUUUUGUAGAUGCCAACAUGAGAGAGCUAGCAGCAAGGGGCUUCAUGCCCAACAGAGGGCGCUAUAACAUUGGCAGCUUUCUCACCAAGGACCUGGGGUUGGAGCGGAGGAUGGGGGCAGAGUGGUUUGAGUACCUGCUGGUGACUGACGAUAGGCCACCUUGCAUGGACUUUAAAGGAACAGAACUCCCUUUGAGUCCAAUACCAGCUUUGCUCGAAGAAGGAUCUUAUAAUUUAGUCCACUCUUUUAAGGGCUCUCUUGGUAUUCGAUUCAAGGACUUCGAUCAGAACACAGCAGGACCAAAUCCACCUCUCACUGGCUCCAGCUCUACCACCGCCACUUCACUCUUCAGCGGCAAUUGA